CUUGUUACAGCGAAGGAAUCAGUGUUAAAGUUGACGUGUGUUUUGUUGAAAGGGGGAAGAUAUAAUUGUGUUAAAAUCUAUUUCAAUACUUUGUUAGUUUUAUUUUAUGAUCAUGGUUUUCGACAAAAUAAGAAAUUUGUCAACACAUAUGGAUUUUGAGGGCCAGAAACUGGCAGAGAAGCUAUUCCACAUCAUCAUCCUUUCCUUUGGCAUAGUUGGCUUUGUCUGGGGUUAUUGUAUCCAACAGUUUGGAGCUACUGUUAUUUUUCUGUUUGCUGGAUUCUUUGUUAGUUGUCUGGUUGUUCUUCCACCAUGGCCCUGUUUUCGAAGAAAUCCUCUGGUAUGGCAGAAACCAAGGCCAACCAAACAGCCAACAGAUAGUAAGAAAGAUGAAAAAUCAGGGAAGAAAAAACAAAAAGCUAACUAGAAAUAUCACUGUUCAUGUGUACAUGUAGACAUUAUUUAUAUCCCAGUUCUGAAGAUUACGAAAUGUACUUCUCAUAGAUAGAGUAUAAUAAAGUUUAUUGUCUUUACUCAAUAA